CAUUUAAGCUGGUUUUUCGGUGACGAGUGACACACUUCCGCCGGGCGGUGUGUGUCCAUCGCCCGCAUCAGCGCGGGGACGCUCGCGCGUGAAGUAGUUAGCCUCGUUCGUUUGACCGCUGUCAGUGUCCUACAGCUAGCCUGCUAACAGCUAACCUGUUUAACAGCAGACAACCAGCAGAUAAUCGAUAUUACUAACGCAGCCGGCCAUGUCCUGUGGAAGCCUUCAAACGGACCUUUUCACCAAUAACAGUAGAAUCCCUUCCUUUUGUGAAUUCUCUUCGUCGGGGAGUUGAGUUGGAGUGCAGCUCUGGAAGCUAGCAGACAGACGUUUUCAUUUUGUCUGCAGAAAGUGGAAGCUAGUUCCGACUGUUCCUCAGACUGUGAUUUUACUGAGAUAUGAGGCAAGACGGUCCUCUCUCACACACUUUCUGAGCUCUGAGCUGUUGGUUGUGUAGCUCCGGGUGGUGUACCGAAAGAGAGUUUGGUGUUAUUUUACUGAGCAGAAAACAUACAAGCCCACAAACGUAUAAACACAUACGUGCUCGAAAGACACUUCGUGUGUUCCACCUAACUAAAUGUGUGCAUGUUUACAAAUUACACAUCGUGCGUGUUUUUCGUUGCACGAUUGUUGUGUUGAUGGUUGAAUUUCUCAUUUAAAUCUUUUGACAUUGUGUUUUAUUGUUGCAUCUUUUAAUCCAAAUGAAAUGGUAUUGGCAAGUCUAAGUAAAGUUACCAACAUGAGUCUUUCGUUUUGAACUCAUUCAAGUACUGUUUGAGUCACUUCUUGUAGUGAGAAUGUCUUUGAAUGACGAGGGUUAUGUGGUCCGGAUCAGAGGACUUCCCUGGUCCUGCACACAGGAGGAGGUGUCCAGUUUCUUUUCUGACUGUGAUAUUGUGGGAAAAGUCAAUGGCGUGUGCUUCACCUACUCAAAAGAGGGCCGUCCCAGCGGAGAGGCAUUCAUUGAGUUGAAAACAGCAGAGGAUUUCAAGAAUGCACUUGCUAAGGACCGCAAAUACAUGGGACAUCGAUAUAUAGAAGUGUUCAAGUCCAAUCGCAGUGAGAUGGACUGGGUGCUGAAACGCAGUGGUCCAGCUGACUAUGACAGCUGCAGCGGCUGCAUGCUGAGACUCCGAGGCCUGCCGUUUGGGUGCAGCAAGGAGGAAAUUGUUCAGUUCUUCUCAGGGUUGAGAAUCGUGCCAAAUGGGAUUACUCUGCCAGUGGACUACCAGGGAAGGAGCACAGGGGAAGCCUUCGUGCAGUUUGCCUCAAAGGAGAUAGCAGAAAAGGCUCUGGGGAAACACAAGGAAAGAAUAGGGCACAGGUACAUAGAGAUUUUUAAGAGCAGUCGCAAUGAGAUCAGAGCCUACUACGAGCUGCCGCGGCGGGGAAUGGGGGCCCAGAGACCGGGGCCCUACGACAGACCCAUGAUGGGGGGGCCCAGAGGAGGCUUCUUCGGUCCAGCGCCAGGCCGCGGCGGAGGCCUGAUGGACACCAUGAGAAGUGGGGGUGGUUAUGGAGGAGGCUACGGAGGCUUCGACAGCUACAACGGUUUCAACAACUACUGUUUUGGGAACGGCAUGUUUGAUGAGCGAGUGAGAGGAGACAGGGGAGGGAGAGGAAUGGGGGGUCAUGGCUAUGGUGGUCAAGGUGACUGCGGCUCAGGCUUCCACAGUGGCCACUUUGUCCACAUGAGGGGUUUACCUUUCCGUGCAACAGAGGGAGACAUCGCUAAAUUCUUCUCUCCGCUGAGUCCAAUGAGGGUCCACAUCGACAUGGCUCCCAACGGGAAAUCCACCGGAGAGGCAGACGUGGAGUUUCGCUCCCAUGAAGAUGCCGUUGCAGCCAUGUCCAAAGACAAAAACAACAUGCAGCACCGCUACAUUGAGCUGUUUCUCAACUCGACGGCCAGCGGAGCAGCUGAAAUGAGCCGUGGCGGCGGCGGCGGUUACUAUGGUAACUCAGGCGGAGGCUCACGAAGCGGCGGGCUCAGAGGCUCGUACUGACGACGUUCUGGCACUUUUCCCCCCUACCCAUCCUGGCGUUUGUUGCUCACGUGUCUUUUGGCCACAUUUGAUGGAAAAGCGUUUCCAAGCAGGAAAGCUGACGACGAGUCGCUCAUCUGUCACUCAGAGUUGCAGUAAGAUUUUCUUUCAGCACAGCACCGAUUAUGACCUUAAGGAGCGCUCCUCUCUUAUCACACAGCAUUCCUGAAAGCACGUGAAGAACCAAACCUCUGAGGACUGCUUAUUGGGUCACUUCUGCAGUUUGUUUUAAAAAUAACUUGAUAUUUAUGUGAUACAGUUUGACAAAAUUUUCAUAUUUAAAAAUAACAUCUUUGUGCGAUGCUAUCAAAAAGAAAGCUUCACUUUCUUCACAAAAAAGUGCUUCUUUUUUUUUGUUUUUUUUUUUAAAUAGUUUUGACGUUAAAACGUUUACAAUGUGCUGGUUUUAAGUGACUUCGAUGUGGAUGUAGCAGCCGCUUCUCGGACAAGGUGUAACCACCUGCGAUCUGCGACUCACCAGCUUUUCUGCUGGGAAGAAAUUAGCAUUUCUAAAUGUUUGUUUCAGAUAAAUAUUUUUUCCAUCUUGUCUAUCCCUGCACUUCAGAUCAGCUUUCCUGGUUUGAAAAGUUUAAAAAACAAAAUGUGAGCUGGUGUGUUUUUUAUGAAUGUUUUCAAAAUUCAUUGCAGAAUUUAAAACUUAAGUUGGAUAUUUUAUUCCACUCUCAAAGAGUGGAAGUAAAACAAAGUCUCUAUAUUUGAGCUGUAAGAUAGCUUAUGCAGCUGUUGUACAUUUUACCUAAUAAAUUUUCUAUUUAAUUGUU